CUCUCCUGAAGGGAAGCACUUUUGACCUUUCUCCCGUUGGUAGGCCCAGGGAACGGGGAGGCUUCCAUUCGGAGCGAAGCGGUGAUGGUCGAACGCGGCAGGACCGGUCGUUGUCGUGAGUGAGUGGGGGGUGUGAGUGUGGGAGUGAGUGUGGGAGGGAGUGAGUGAGUGAGUGAGUGUGUGUGUGUGUGUGUGGCCUUCCGGCAGCUGCCUCUGCCCCCCGCCCCCUUUUUCCCGGGUGCAGAACUAGCCUCGCUCCAUGCCGGACCCUGGAAAAGCGUCCGGCUCCCGCUAGGCCGAGGGCAGCUGCCAUCAGGGAGGGAGGCGUCGGCGGGCACCCCGCCCUCUAAGAGCAGAGGAUCCCCUUCUCUGAGAGCCCAUCCUGGGGGAGAGGACGGGGGCGGGGGGGCAGAAAAGGCGAAGAGGAAGGCGAAGCAGCCGGGGAGGAAUGGAGCCUGCGGGCUCCCGAUGACAAGUCCAGCUCCCUCCUGGGCUGGCUCUCGGCGGAGGGCGCCCCGAAGGCCGGCGCUUUCCGGGGCUGACUCUGGCCACAUCUGGAGCCGCAAGGCAGCCGUGCACAGCUCCGCCGCUGCCGACCGACCGACCGACCGAUCGACCGAUCGACCGACCGACCGACCGACCGGAGGCCGGCCCAUUUUCCCGCAGCCGCCAGCCCUCUGCCCCAAGCCCCUCAUUUGGUGUUAAUGGAGCUGGGCUUUUGGUUCGUCUUUGGACUUACGGUGACAUCGUCCGCAGGGCUCUCGCCGGGGGGGCCGAGCCCCCAGCCCGGCGGCGGCGGCGGAGAAGACCGGGAGGGCGAGGCGGAGGCCGGAGCACUGAGCGGAGCCCUGAGCGAAGCGCUGGGCGGCGAGGCGGAGGCCGGAGCACUGAGCGGAGCCCUGAGCGAAGCGCUGGGCGGCGGGGGCUCCGGCCGCCCGGCCCGGCAAGUUGAGGACCCCGCGGGGGCGGAGCCGCGGCCCAGGGCCAAGCGCUGCACUUGCUACACCUACAAGGACAAGGAGUGCGUCUACUACUGCCAUCUCGACAUCAUCUGGAUCAACACCCCAGAACGGACUGUACCAUAUGGGCUCUCCAACUUCAGGGGAGAUUUCAGAGGCAAAAGAUCUACAGGCCAGCUUCACAGUUCACAGACUUAUGAAAGGCCAUUGUUUCGGUGUGCUUGUGAGGAGAAAAAUGAUGAACCCUGCAUGCAUUUUUGCACAAGAAUCCAGGACAUCAGAGGAAAUACAAGGAUGGGAGAGAAACAUCAAGACAAGAAAAGCCAAAAGACACUGUUGCAGUAGGUCUAACAGCUUAAGUGGUAUAAAAAGGUUUAUUUACUGAAGUCAAGACAAUGGGAACUAGACUAUAUAUUCCAUAAAAGAUAUGUAGAAUGCUUAGAGCAGUCUGUCCAUGGAUUACUCAUUGGCAUUUAUGUUUUGCUUCCAUUAAUGACACCUGGAAGGUGUGGGAAGUGGUGUGAAGAAUCAGCAGUUCCUCAACACCAACUGCUCUGACCAUUUGGACCAGAAAGCCUGCCAAAAUUUCAUCGUCUAGAUAAUACAUCAAAAUCCAGAGAAAAGUAAAUUAAAACACCAAUAUUUUUCAAUUUGGUAAACUAUAGCCAGAUGUGCUUUCCAGGAUAUAACAACUUCAGCUCUGGUUUCAUGGAAGAAGUUGUGCUGGAAGAAGUAUGACAGGUUAGAAAACAAUUUGUAUUGUACAUGAAUUCACAUUGGGAAUUAAUAGCUAUCCAACUAAUUAUGUGUCAAUGUAAACAAAUAUCCAUUUACUGUAAUAAAUGUCAAGUAUCUGUGCAGAAAAUAUAUGGCUGAUAUUUGUAUCUUAAAAUGUAGUGAGCUAACAGUAUACUGACUGAACAAUUCAGUAAUUUGCCCAAUUUAGCUAUCUGUUUAUCUGCCUGAAAAGUUGCGAUUUAGAAAUUCGCAGUAGUAGAAAACUAGGAUUAUGCUAUUGGUUUUCCACAAAAAGAAUGUAUUUAAGGAAGAAACUGAUGAUUUUGGAGGUUAAAAGAAAUACCCUAUAAAUAAUAAACUUUCCCACUGGAAGAUUACACAGAAUACACAGCAUUGAUGCUCUCAAGAAACUGGCUAUGAGAAGCAUAUAGACCUAAGGAUGCUGUUGAAAUCUUGAUUUCAUGAAUGAACAUGGAUCUUUUGAGAGAAACUAUCAAAGCCAAAAAAUCCCACUUUGUAUAUGAUGUAAAUUUAUUUAAUUAAAAAAUGAGGAUUGUAAGCCACUGAAUUAACAAAUCUAUUCCCGCGGAGAUCUUCAUGCAGGAUUCUUUCACUGUGAGUAUUUUAAAGUAUAAAUUAUGCAACAGAAGGUAUUUUGUCAUUGAGACCAAAAAAUAAAAAAAUAAACUACCUGCUUCCACUGAAUAAAUACAACCGAACUUGAGCUUGUACUGGCCGACUCAAGGAAUGAUAAAUUCAAUAAGAUAAACAAAGGAAGUUUUGUUAUCCAAAUUGUAUAUUAUUUCAUAAGUUAUUAUAGUUAUAAAAGUAAAUAUCAUUAUCAUGGUUAAACUGAGAAGUUUUGGGUUUUCUGGCAGGAUUUUGUACAUUUUAAAGAAGCAAAGUAUUUAUUGUGAAAACGUCAUUAUUCAAUUGCUUUUGGUGGAUUUUUUCAAGGUAAAGUCAUUGUAUAUUUAAUAAACUAUUUUUGUUUUGAAUCCAAAAUAAAAAUUAAUCAAAAAUCAUUUGUGCAUAUGAACAAAGA